AUGGUACUCGACCAAGUCCGCGUUUCUACGCGGCACACGCUUAACUGCGCCAAUGAGGCAACAGUAGCCACACUCGAGUCCCCUUUCAGCCUAGGGCCGAUGGACCAUACUGUGCCCGCUAUGUUAACUAUCGAAGCUAUCCUUGUCUACAGAAAGCCAAAAAUACUACCCGACGAGAACUUCCUUCCAAUUGAACGCUUGAAGGUGGCUGCAUCCCACCUCCUGGACUAUUACCCGCACUUGACUGGCCGUCUCGAGCAGAAUCCAGUCAGCCAAGCUCCCGAGAUUGGUAGCCUGGGCGCUGGUGCUGAGCUUUGGGAGGCGCAGUGCCACAGAAAGCUCGCGAGCAUCGCGAUUUCUGCUCUUUCAGCCCGUAUCUUGGUAUGCAAACUACCAGACGAUGGAAAUGCACUUCUUCCAAUCUUUCAUUCGACAAUGGGAGCUGUCUCCCACAAUCCUAUCUUCGCUAUCCAGCACACCCGAUUUGGCUGUGGUGGGGUCGCACUAGGCAUCCGAGUUCAUCAUCAGGUCUGCGAUGCCACUGGCUUUAUGCAGCUCGUGCGCGAUCUCGCUGAGAUCUACAGACAAUUGCGCGACUCUUCUCCGCCAACACUCGUCUCUCCCCCUGAGAUUUUCUCACACUUUCGAGAAACGAACAGUACAUCGCCUAGCCAGAAGGAGAAAGCCCUUGCAUUCAACCCUCCGACAUUCUGCCUGGACGAAAACACCACGACUAUGCCUCAGACUUCAUCCCCUCCCUCUGUCUGGACUUGUUCGUUGCGUUUCCAAGGUCAAGAUCUGAUUUCACUCAAGAAUGCUGCAACCGACCCCAACGCCCAGGGACCGACCACGUUCACCAGAUUCGAGCUCAUUUCAGCUUACCUCUACCAACGCAUUUAUCAAGGCAGAAUUCAGGCUUUGCGUGACAAGGGGAUCUCACCAGACCUCGACUCGCUACAAUCACUUCGCGAUUUUUGGACAACCAUGGACAUGCGUCACUCCACCCGGCUGAAGCUCCCCGCACGCUACUUCCCGAACGCCGUCCACUGCCCUUCAACUUCCGCCUCCCACGAAUUACUCGAAAAGGGCGCGCUCUGGCAGGUUGCACAGGUUAUCCAUGAUGCAAUUCACUCGGUUGAUAUGAACAAAGUCAAGCAGGAGUUUGAAUGGGUUGCCGCACAGCCCAACAAGAGUCACAUCAGGUGGAAGAAGAUGGUUCCAAAUGGUUGCCUCGUCGCUACCCAGUGGAGUAGGGGUAAGACAUAUGUUGGGGUUGAUUUUGACGUCGCUGAGAAUGGCAAGCGCAUUGCCCCUUCUCUGGUGUCGCCGGCUUUUAGCGAAGGUUACCGGGUUGAUGGCUUGGCAAUUAUCAUGUCUACCGAGGAGGAGGUGCCUCGAGGCCAGCGUAACAGACGUUCGUUGGUUCGUGGCAACGUUCUGUGCGCUGUCGAUGUGAAUUUGACUCUGGAUCGGUCUGUGUGGGAAGUUCUUUUCAAUGACCCCUCCUUCUUGGCUCUCCUUUCCUAG